GUUCAUCGCAGUUCCGAAAAAACCGUUCGCGAUCCCAGAACCGGUGUUAAAUUCUGUGAACAUUUUGAAUGAUUCUCUCGCUAUCUUCAUCGCUUGUUUCUCGUGCGCGACCACAGCAGCAAAACACAGAAUCAACAUUCUCAUCAGUGCACAGAAAGAAGCAGAUAAGUGAACCGAUCCUCCUAUACAGCUUGUGCGGAUGCUGCAAAAGAAAAUCUACCACACGUAAAAAUAAACCCGCUGACCAACGAAUGCUGGUUCGAGAUCAAGAAGAUCACACCUCCUCAGUCUGAGAAGUUCUUCGGUGCGGUCGAGACUCAAAGUUAACCGUGUUGAAAUACUGCUGCCAAGGUUCGCGGCCACGCAGCUCAUUAGGUAAAUCUUGAUUUAGUGCCACAUCCGGAUAGUAACCCCAAAGCAAUGUCUGGAGACGUCCAACCAAGGAAGCGCAACAAGGACAAGAAAAGGAAGAAGGAUGACGAGGAUACCGUAAAGGAAACUCCAGCCCCGAAGGCACCAUCUUCAGCCCAGGCCGCCAAGGAACCGGGCGAUAUUCAGAUGCACGUCCACGAUGACCAUGGAACCGGUGGCCAUUGGUGUGCCAAGAUUGUGUUCUUCAUUCUGUUGGCCGGACUGGGUGCACUGAUAGGUUUGAUCAUCAUGGAAAACCAGGGCGCUUCGGAUGUGGACACACCUCUGUCGGAAUCUAGGUAUGCGGAAUACUUGACUGGCUGGGUCGAUGAAAAUCGGGAUCACCACCACGAGGAGGAUAUUUUGAACGCCUUGAAUGAGCUAGAUGAUCAUGAUGAGGAGCACGGUCACGAUGAUCAUGAUGACGAACAUGGCGAUGAAGAAGACGAUGGAACUCCCUACACAGAAGAGGAAGACCACGAGGAUGGUCAAGACGAGGAAGAUGAAGAUGAAGAGGAAGUGACGGUCAAACUGGAUGACGAUGAGGUGGAAGAAAUCGUUGCGACCGAGAGAAAGAUCCGGGAGGCCGAAGCCGUCGAUGCUGCCGAUGAUGAGGAUGAAGAUGAGGACAAUAAUGACGACAAUGACGACGAAGGAGAUCAGGCUGAUGAUGAUAAUGAUGCCGAUAACGAUGGUAUUGAUGAUGAUGAGGAUGAUAACGUCGAUGAUGAAAAUGCCGAUGACGACGAUGAAGACGACAAUAAUGAUGCGCGAUCAACAGUCGCUGACCAACAGAAGGACGCCGACGACGACGAUGAUGAUGACGAGCAAGCAGCUAACGACGAUGCUGAAGACGACGACAACGACGACGCCGAUGACCAGGCUGCUGACGACAACAACAAUGAUGAUGAGGAUGCUGAAGAUGAUGGUGAUGAUGCUAACGCUGAUGACGAUGACGAUGAUGAAGAUGGCGCCGAUGCUGACAACUCGCUCGUCGACGGUGAUCAGAAUGACGACGAUGAUGAUCUAAUCGACGACGACGACAACGACGCUCAAUUGGAUUUAGAAGAUGAUGAAGAUGAUCAAAAGGACAACGAUGAUGAUGAGAAUGAUGGAAAUGAUGAUAAUGACGAUGAUGAUGAAAAUGAUGGGAAUGAUAAUAAUGGCGAUAAUGAUGAGAACGAUGAUAAUGAUGAGAAUGUUGAUAAAGAUGAGGAUGAUGAAAUUGAUCAAAAUGAUGACAACGAUGAUCAUGAAGAUGAGAACGAUGGUGAUAAUAAUGACGACGAUGAUGGAGAAGAGGACGCCAACGAUGUUCCAGUUCAAUCAUCUCCCAAUGCCGAUGAUGAUGAAGAACUUGCUGGGGUCGACAUCGAUGAUAAUGAUGAUGACGAUGAUGGCAUUCCCAAUGAUCAAGAUGACAACAAUGAUGAUGAUGAUGAUGUGAAUGAUGGCAACAACGAUGAUGCAGAUGAUGAUAACAACGAUAACAACAAUGCCGAUGAUGAUUUGGCCGACAAUGACGAUGAUGAUGAGGAUUCGCCGUUCGAUGAAGAGCUAAAAACUAACGCUUUGAAUGCCAAUGCUAAUAUAAAACAAAACCUAGAAUCAAAUGAACAAUCCAGGAACGAUAAGACUGAUGAGGUGAUGAUCGAAACAGAACAGGAUGACAAUGAUGAUCACGCGGCAGAUGACGAAGAUAAUGGCCGUGCUUCCAGCAGACAACCUCAAGCUGCUGCUGAUGUUGACGAUGAAGAUGAUGAUGAAGCAAAUGACGAUAACAACGAUGAUGACGAUUUCGAUAGCUUCGUCGAUAACGACGAUGGUGAGGAGGAAUACCUGGCGAAACUUAGGGCUGAGCAAGAUCAGCGAAAGCAACAGAAACUGCAACAACAGGAGAAAGAAGACACUCGCGAAGAAUCAUCUCUUGCGGUACAGAUCUUAGUCGGGGUCGCUUUGAUCGGUGCGGCCCGGCUCGUUUUGAAGCCCCCCGGUGGAAGGGGUUCUGUCGGUUCGCCGUCGACCACCACCGGUAAUCAAUCUUCCGACCAAUCCUCCACCUCCGCCGGCAAUAAGUCGUUCAGCCAACAACGGGAAUCGGUGGCCACGGCAGAGCAGAUCAGUAGUGUCCUCCAGGAGCGACUGGUAUCGAGUGAAUCCAAAGUUGCUUCUGUAAUCAGAAAGGUCGAGGAUAUUGAACAACUUUUGGAACCUGCAAAAUUGUACCCCAAGACUAGAUCGGUUCUCGAUGACUUUGUGAAUGCCGAUCCUGCCAGUCAGGAAGACGAAAUAGAAAUCAUUGAGGGAAAUGUUAUUUUGAUUGAAGCCGAUGACGGUGAGCUCUAUUCGGGCGAUGAGUAUGAAAUCGAAGAGUACGAUGAAGAAGAUUUCCUGGAAGAAAUUGAGGAAGAGGAAGAAGAAGAUCUGGCCUCCUUGGAAGAGCUGGAGGAGAAAAAAUUGGAAGAACAAGAACGUGAGAUUGGUACUUUUGUACCGACAACGUUUGAAGAAUUCAAUGCCAUGUAUCGUGCUCCUCAAGACGAAAUCAAGCCAGAACUUCAUGAGACAGUUGACACUGUACAGAAAAUAACGGUCAAACCAGAUAAGGAUUCUCCUUUGAUGAAGAAAAAACCUCCAAAAGGGGCAGUUGGCAAGCUUAUAUAUGGAUUACAUAAAGAUCCAAUCUUUAUUGCGGACGAUAGCGCCGAUUCGUCUCCUGGAUCCGGUAAAGGUGAGGCCAAGAGUGCCCUAGAAGCAAUGCUUUCGGAUAUCCAUUCGCCUCCUCAACCUCCACCUCGUGCUUCUCAGAGCCACUCAGUUCAUGCUAUAAUCCCGGAUCCCUCCACGACCAUGACCCCUUCUAGCCCUUCUAGUACUGCAAGUAUAAAGAUCCUAACAACCACAAUCACUCCCGUAACUUCAACCGUUGGUUCUCGUGAUCGUUCACCAGCCGGUGAGACAGUUGCGACGACCUCGAGUCAACCAGUGGCCAAAGAGAAGCAUGUUGAAUUUCUACUCCCUGGAACAUCGUCUAUAGAUUCUGGAAGCAUUUCCGAGGAUGAUUCUGCUUCACCCCUGCCGGUAGACAAUGGCAGCAAAGAAAAUUUGUUCAUUCCGAGCGACGAAUUUCUCGCCGAGGAGGAAUACGGAGACGAAUUGGUCUACGAAGACGAGGAAUACCUCAGACAGUAUGCGUCCGAUGAGGACGAAGAAGAACUAUACUCGGAUCAGGACGACGAACCUUCCGAUGUGGACGACUCCGAGCUGAUGAUGCGGCUCGAAGAAAAGUACGGUAAACUAGAGGUCAAAAAGGACCCACCCGCAGAAGCUGCUCCAGACGACGAAGAUGAAGGAAGCUGGACAAGUAUACCGACUCCUACAGCUAGAUUAGUCGAUGAAAUUCCGUCUAGGCCUAGCGGUUCCUCGUCAUACGCUGAUGAGCUAAAUCGAGCCAAGCAACAUCUCGAUGAGUUCAAAAAUGCCAAGCAAGCACUGCACGCUUACGAGUCGCUGCUGAGUCGCCACACGCGGUUGAUUCCGGCACUUGUAGGGAAGGCUCGAUCGCUGGACCUGUUGGCUGAGCAGGAACAGAGCAACGUGAUGCUGGGCGAAGCGAUCGAGGCCUACCGGGACGUGUUGGCCCAGGGUGAUGCCGUCGAUGAUGAAACCUUUGCGAGCGUUGCCGAGCGGACCAUCGAUCGGAUUCGCUUCCGGGGCCAGUAUGGCAAGGCCGUCGAGGUGCACCGGCUGCUGAUUGAGCGGUUCGACAGUGAACCCAAGUACCGGAACCAGCUGGCCGUUACCUAUUUGUUGGGCAAUCGAAUGGCCGAAGCGAAAGCUGUGCUGCACGAAACACUGAUGCGCUGGAUCGACGACGGAUUCGCCCUAGUACACUACGGUUUCGUGAUUAAAAAUCACGACAAAAACAUGGAACAAGCCGUGCAGUAUCUGCGUGAAGGCAUUGAAAGUGGUCAGGAGGGAACCCAGGACGGGCGCUUCUACUUCCAUUUGGGCGACGCUUUGCAACGACUUGGCAAACAGGAGGAAGCCCUGGAGGUGUACAAGAAAGGAGCGGAGAAAAAGCUGUUCCUUUCAAUGUAUCAACGAUCGCUGUAUAACAUGGACAGUUUGAAGUCGCGUCCUUUUUGGACAGUUGAGCAAACUGGGUUCGUCUCUCAGCUGGAGCUUAUUCGUUCCCAGUGGACAGCUAUAAGAGAUGAGGGACUCAAGCUUCUGAACUCGGCAGGCAACUUCAAGGAUGAAGCCGAAAAUUUGCGCGACACCGGGGAUUGGAAACAGUUUGAACUGUUCUUCCGUGGUUAUCGGAGUGAUAAAAACUGUGCCAAAGCUCCGUUGACCUGCCGGUUGGUGGAACAAUUUGCAGCGGCCCGUAGCUGCAAACGGGGUCAGGUUAAGUUCAGUGUUAUGCAUCCUGGUACUCAUGUGUGGCCGCAUUGUGGACCCACCAACUGCAGGAUACGAGCUCACCUGGGUCUUAAGGUACCUACUGGUACCUCCAUACGGGUGGCUGAAGAGACAAGAUCCUGGGAAAACGGGCAGUGGCUCAUUUUCGAUGACAGUUUCGAGCAUGAGGUAUGGCACAAUGGUACCGCCACCAGGCUAGUGCUUAUUGUUGACUUUUGGCAUCCGGAUCUGAGCGAGGAUCAGCGACGGUCGCUGUCGCCAAUUUAAAGCAACGAACGUUCGCGAACUAAGAGCAAAAUCAAAACAAGAGUAUCAAAUCUUGACUCGAAUCAUUACCAAAGAUGUAUCUAUACAUUUACGUUUCGCCGUGCUUUCUAGCUGUUACACCGCUGUCAUAGAUUUUAUUCGGAGAUUAUCUGGUUAUACAGGACCGAACUCAACCAAUGCAUUUGUUUUUCUUAAGUUCCACUUUAACUUUUUUCUUUUAGAUACUUACAAAGCGAGUGAGAAUGUAUUUAGAAUGUAGCCAGUGCUAGCUAGUGAAUGACGACGAAUCAUUUGUUUAUUCUAGUAAUUAGUAUAAAUCAGGGUACGAGAGAUUUUAAAGGAUGUUGACUUAUCGUCCAAAUCGACAUAUCUAUAGGUAAAGAUGCAACGACGACUAUUGAUCAUUGAUCAGUUGUAAUUUUUAUCAGAUGGACAAACCUUUAAGACUAUUCAAACAGUUAGAUGGUACUUUCAGACAGUUUUAGGCCAAAAGCCGUAUUAAGAUUUUAAGUAUAAACUGUUAAAUAAUAA